UUGGCAGCUACUGUAAACCAGUAAAAGAGUGAAAUUUAGUUCACUUAUUUUUCCCAUUGCUUCACUUGUUAUAAAUACAAAAAACCCAGACAUUUCUUCCUCCUCGAAUCUCUCAACCAAGCCAUUCCAACACUCUUCAGCUUGAACUCUCCGCAACAAUGUUUCGAUCAGUAGCUCGAUCGGCCGCCGGAAAGCACCUCCUCCGCCGAGGAUAUGCCACUGAAUCUGUUCCCGAUCGGAAGGUCGCGGUUUUGGGCGCUGCCGGAGGGAUUGGCCAGCCCUUGGCUCUCCUCAUGAAGCUUAACCCUCUUGUUUCUCGACUGGCUCUCUAUGAUAUCGCUAACACUCCCGGCGUUGCAGCUGAUGUCAGCCACGUCAACACCAGAUCUGAGGUUGCUGGAUAUGUUGGUGAAGAUCAAUUGAAGCAAGCUUUGGAGGGAUGUGAUGUUGUCAUCAUUCCUGCUGGGGUGCCAAGAAAGCCUGGUAUGACUCGCGACGAUCUUUUCAACAUCAAUGCUGGAAUCGUCAAGGGUCUAUGUGCUGCUAUUGCCAAGUAUUGCCCUAAUGCACUUGUUAAUAUGAUCAGCAACCCUGUCAAUUCAACUGUUCCAAUUGCUGCUGAGGUUUUCAAGAAGGCAGGGACAUAUGAUGAGAAAAAGUUGUUUGGUGUAACUACCCUUGAUGUGGUUAGGGCUAAGACUUUCUACGCUGGGAAGGCAAAAGUGAAUGUUGCAGAUGUCAAUGUUCCAGUUGUUGGUGGCCAUGCUGGAAUAACCAUUCUCCCACUAUUUUCCCAAGCCACACCAAAAGCCAAUUUGCCUGAAGAGGAUAUCAAGGCUCUAACAAAGCGAACACAAGAUGGAGGCACUGAAGUUGUGGAAGCAAAGGCUGGAAAGGGAUCAGCAACAUUAUCAAUGGCCUAUGCUGGUGCAAUUUUCGCUGAUGCUUGCCUUAAGGGACUGAAUGGUGUUCCUGAUGUCGUGGAAUGUUCAUUUGUACAGUCAACUGUCACUGAACUUCCCUUCUUUGCUUCUAAGGUAAGGCUUGGAAAGAAUGGUGUGGAGGAAGUUAUGGGGUUGGGUCCUCUCUCUGACUAUGAGCAGGCAGGUUUGGAGAGCCUUAAACCAGAACUUAAAGCAUCUAUAGAGAAGGGAAUCAAGUUUGCCAACCAGAAUUAAAUUUAUAUUAUUUGAGAUAUUCUUCCAUUAGAACAAUGAAAAUUUUGCAGUUACUUCGGCUGCUAUUGGUGUUUUUUUUCUUGCAGCAAGCAGCAUCGGCUUUGCUGUUGUUAAUAGGAUAGCCAUACCAUAAGUUUCCACUAAUAAUUCCCAGUGGUAUGUUGCAGGAAGUGUGUGAUUAAAAACCCGUUUUUGUUUAGGUGGGGGAUGUUUAAUUACAAACCAUUUUAAAAUUGUGAUAUUACAUUUAAUCUUCCACGAUUAUUCCGUCUUUGGUGGUGACGAAGGCUUACUCUUUAUCCUAAA